GAUGACGACAAAGAUACUAGUUUAACUAAUUAUCUUCGUCUUAAUUAAAGUAUUGUACAAGAUUGAUGGAAAAACUCAUGACUAGUUUGAUAUACGAACCUGACGAGCUCUUACUAUGGGAAGCAUACAAAAAAAGUGAACUUAUUUGAGCAAAAAUCCGCCAGUGUUCGGGGAUGUGUUGAAGAAGAUGACCAUAGCAUGGGCUCAAGAGGGCCAUUGUUAACAGUCUCGUAUGCCGCAUCCUUCCGUACUUCAACAGAGUAUGAGGGAGGAUUGUGGUUUGUUCGCCUGGCCUUGUGGUAUUGUUCUGGCCGAGUACGUUUCGCAACAAAGAUCACGCUUUUCCGGUGUUAAUGUAGUCGAGAUUGGACCUGGAACUUCAUUGCUCGCCGCCAAAUUGGGUGCAGAUGUAAUAUCUGCAUAUGAUUUGAAUGGAAUAGAGAAUUCUCCUGGUUCGGUUUUAUUGAUCACCUACCAGAAUAGAAGUGGGCGUCAUCUCAUUGAGUUCUUGAUGAUCAAAUGGGGGUUGGAGCGUGUGAAGCUUCUUGAUGGCUUUUCAUUCAUGCCAUCCUGCAAGGCAUCUAUGUUAAAUGACAAUCUUCAGUUAGCAGAGAUUGUGUUGAAUGGUGAACAGGCUAAGUCAGCUUAGGCCUUACAUUAGCCAUGAUACAUUGAUUUUGAUGCUGCCAGCUGUGAUUUACAUCCCAAAUAUAUAGACUUAAAUUUCUGGAGAAUUGGGCCAAUAUUUGUAAGUUCUUCGAGUUCCACUUCGUGAACUUUGUGAAUAGAUAGGAUUUAAUUGCUGAUACAAUGUAGUGACGCUCUCUUCUUUAUUUCCUAAAGAGGUCGACCAAAUGAAGCUAUGAAGGGUGAGGUUGACUUCUUUGUUCACAUCUGGCGAUGUCUCUGUGCAGCUUAAAAUUUCUGUAUUGAAUUUGAAUGCAUGAAUGGAAAGUUAUGUCCCAAUUCCCUAAUCUGAUUUGAGGCUCCAACAUUGGUUGCUGAAGAUUUGAGAAGAAAAUUUUGGUAAAAGUUACUUCGCCAUCCUUAAUGGUUCUGGACAAAUAGCUGUCUAUGUAUCCGGUAGAUGCCUUUUAAUUAUUUUUUCUAAAGGGGAAGAGUGGGACAAUUCAG